AUGGAAGAUAAGUAUAUUGGGCUGCUGCUGGCAAUUACAUCGUCGUUGGCGAUUGGAAGCUCGUUCAUUCUAACGAAGCUUGGGCUAAAUGCAGCAUCGGAACAGAACAAUUUCCAGGGCGCAGGGUACGAAUACCUAAAGAACCCCGUAUGGUGGGGCGGGAUGGUGACAAUGGUUAUAGGCGAAGUCGCGAAUUUUGCAGCGUACACAUUUGCGCCUGCUAUUCUGGUGACACCGCUGGGGGCGCUAUCGGUGAUUAUUGGUGCGAUUCUAGCUGCGGUGUUCCUGAAAGAGGAGCUAGGCACGUUGGGCAAACUGGGAUGCACAAUUUGCUUGCUCGGGUCUGUAAUAAUAAUUCUGCAUGCACCCUCGGACAAGGAGAUCCAGACGGUGGACGAGAUUCUAGAGUACGCUCGACAGCCGGCAUUUGUGCUGUACACGCUGCUGGUGGUGGGGUUUGCAGUGUUCAUGAUCUACCAAGUCGUGCCGCAAUACGGGAACCGCAACCCCAUGGUUUACAUCUCCAUCUGCUCGACGGUGGGGUCUAUCUCGGUGAUGGCGAUCAAGGCGUUCGGGAUCGCGGUGAAACUGACACUGUCAGGCAACAACCAGUUCACGCAUGCGUCGUCGUACAUGUUCAUUAUCGUGGUCGUUGUCUGCAUCCUGACGCAGAUGAACUACUUCAACAAGGCGCUGGACCAGUUUGACACGUCUAUCGUGAACCCCCUAUAUUACGUGACGUUCACGACAGCGACGCUGACCGCCUCCUUCAUCCUGUUUCGCAACUUCGACGAGAGCUCGACCAAAGACUCGGGGUCGCUCGUCUGCGGCUUUCUGAUCGUAUUCGCGGGAGUGUAUCUUCUGAACCUCUCACGCAAAAAGAACCGGGAGAAUAUGUUCACCGAGCAGAACGAUGUGGCCAACAUCCCACUAGACAACAACUUCGGUGGCUUCACAGUGCGCAAGUCAAUGCAGCGCGAUGCCCGACACCGCGCCAUGUCGCACGUGUACCAGAGCGAGGAGAUGGUCCACCUCACCGAGACCAGAGACAGUAAUGAUGACUUCGAGGUCUAG